AUAACUGGUUCGUGGAAAUGGUCCGACUGUAAAACGUACUCAUUUAUUCGCUCGGUGAACCACCGGUCUUUUGGGCCAUUUUCUUCUUCUCUGGCUGCUCCAUCGUCGGACGACUGAGCAGAGAGAGAGAGAGAGAGAGAGAAGCGAUGAGUGGACACGACUCUAAGUAUUUUUCCACCACCAAAAAGGGAGAAAUCCCUGAACUCAAAGACGAGCUCAAUUCUCAGUACAAGGAUAAGAAAAAAGAUGCAGUAAAGAAGGUGAUUGCUGCAAUGACUGUUGGGAAGGAUGUUUCAUCACUGUUCACAGAUGUUGUGAACUGCAUGCAAACAGAAAAUUUGGAGCUGAAGAAGCUUGUUUAUUUGUAUCUUAUAAACUAUGCUAAAAGCCAACCUGACCUAGCAAUACUUGCUGUAAAUACAUUUGUGAAGGAUUCACAGGAUCCAAAUCCUUUAAUCCGCGCUUUAGCUGUAAGGACAAUGGGAUGCAUUCGGGUUGAUAAAAUUACAGAAUAUCUGUGUGAUCCUCUUCAGAGAUGCCUCAAGGAUGAUGAUCCUUAUGUUCGAAAGACAGCCGCUAUUUGUGUUGCCAAACUUUAUGAUAUAAAUGCUGAGCUAGUGGAAGAUAGAGGAUUUUUGGAGACUCUCAAGGAUUUGCUUUCUGACAACAAUCCUAUGGUUGUUGCAAACGCUGUUGCAGCUCUUGCUGAAAUUCAAGAAACCAGUACUAGACCAAUAUUUGAGAUCACAAGUCACACACUUUCGAAGCUCUUAACUGCUUUAAAUGAGUGUACCGAAUGGGGUCAAGUUUUUAUAUUGGAUGCUCUUUCCAAAUACAAGGCAGCUGAUGCUCGUGAAGCUGAAAAUAUAGUGGAGCGAGUUACUCCACGACUUCAACAUGCAAAUUGUGCAGUUGUACUAUCAGCUGUUAAGAUGAUCCUUCUACAAAUGGAACUCAUCACUAGCACUGAUGUGGUCAGAAAUCUUUGCAAGAAAAUGGCUCCUCCUCUUGUAACAUUACUUUCUGCAGAACCUGAGAUACAGUAUGUUGCACUUAGAAACAUCAACCUUAUUGUACAAAAGCGGCCUACUAUCCUUGCCCAUGAAAUUAAGGUUUUCUUCUGCAAGUACAAUGAUCCAAUUUAUGUGAAGAUGGAAAAAUUAGAAAUCAUGAUAAAGCUUGCCUCUGAUCGGAACAUAGACCAGGUUCUGUUGGAGUUCAAGGAAUAUGCCACAGAAGUAGAUGUGGAUUUUGUUAGAAAGGCUGUCCGUGCUAUUGGUCGCUGUGCUAUCAAGUUGGAGAGAGCAGCUGAGCGAUGCAUAAGUGUUUUGCUUGAGCUGAUAAAAAUAAAGGUUAAUUAUGUCGUUCAGGAGGCUAUUAUAGUAAUCAAGGAUAUUUUUAGAAGAUACCCUAACACCUAUGAGUCUAUUAUUGCAACACUGUGUGAGAGCUUGGACACUUUAGAUGAGCCCGAAGCAAAGGCAUCAAUGAUCUGGAUAAUUGGUGAAUAUGCGGAAAGAAUUGACAAUGCUGAUGAGCUCCUUGAAAGUUUCUUAGAGAGUUUUCCAGAAGAGCCUGCUCAAGUCCAGUUGCAAUUACUAACUGCAACCGUCAAACUAUUUUUAAAGAAGCCAACUGAAGGCCCGCAACAGAUGAUUCAGGUUGUUCUGAAUAAUGCCACUGUAGAGACAGACAAUCCAGAUCUCCGGGAUCGUGCCUACAUUUACUGGCGCCUUCUUUCAACUGAUCCUGAGGCAGCUAAAGAUGUCGUGUUAGCAGAGAAGCCUGUGAUCAGCGAUGAUUCGAACCAACUUGAUCCUUCACUUCUUGAUGAACUUCUAGCGAACAUUGCUACUCUAUCUUCUGUAUAUCAUAAGCCACCGGAUGCAUUUGUAAGUCGUGUGAAAACUGCAGUCCAAAGACCAGAAGAUGAUGAAUAUCCUGAUGGGGGUGAGACAGGUUAUUCUGAAACUCCUUCUCAUGCGGCUGAUGGUAGUACUUCAGCACCAACUGCUUCAAGUAAUGUUCCCAAUGCUGCAGCAAGGCAGCCAGCACCAGUACCUGCACCUCCUGCUCCAGUGCCAGACCUACUGGGUGACUUGAUUGGCCUGGAUAAUACACUUGUCCCUGCUGAUGAGCCUCCAAAACCUAGUGGCCCUCCUUUACCUGUUUUGCUACCGUCUGCCAACGGUCAGGGCCUACAGAUAAGUGCUCAGCUUACACAACAUGAUGGACAGAUAUUUUACAGCAUGUUGUUUGAGAACAACACACAGAUCACUCUUGAUGGUUUCCUGAUUCAGUUCAACAAGAAUACACUUGGUCUUGCAGCUGCUGCACCCCUGCAGGUCCCACAAUUGCAACCAGGCACAUCGACCAGGACCCUUCUACCUAUGGCGUUGUUCCAGAAUGUCUCUCCUGGUCCUCCAAGUACCCUUCUGCAGGUUGCGGUAAAAAAUAAUCAACAGCCUGUGUGGUACUUCAAUGAUAAAAUUUCGUUGUUGGUCUUCUUCUCCGAGGAUGGUAAAAUGGAGCGUACAACCUUUCUUGAGACAUGGAAGUCCCUACCCGACUCAAAUGAGGUCACUAAGGACAUAUCAGGCGCCGUGGUGAACAGCAUUGAAGCCACCCUUGACCGCCUUGCUGCAUCCAACAUUUUCUUCAUUGCAAAGCGGAGGCAUGCAAACCAGGAGGUACUGUAUCUCUCAGCCAAAAUCCUCAGGGGAACCUCAUUCCUAAUUGAACUUACAGCAGUUGUUGGUAUCCCUGGCGUCAAGUGUGCAAUCAAGACUCCUGGUCCCGAUAUGGCACCACUCUUCUUUGAAGCCAUGGAGACGCUUCUCAGAGGUUGAUUGUGUUGCUUGCGAUUUUGUAUUUAUUUUUCUUUUCUGUAAAAUUUAUGACGUUGGCUACUGAAGAUUUUGAUUCUACUUCUUUAGUUUCUCCUUUCCUUUCUGUGUCUCUUAGCGGUUACAGGUGAUUUAAGAGAGUGAAGAGUGUACUCUGCCCAAGGGUUUAUGGGAUGAUUGUGAAUGUGGUCUCUAAUUUAUUUACAGCUUCUCAAGAGUUUUCUAGAACUUUACACUUU